UCCCUGAGAAGACCAGCGCUGUGCCGCAAAGCAUUGAAGCCCUGGGGGAGGGCCACUCACUGCCAGGAGACACCGGCUGCCCCUGGAGGCUGGGCAUCAUGUGGCUCGGAGUCCUCCUGGCCUUGGUGCUGGGCUUGGCUGUCUACUACUGGUUCACCGCCAGGGACAAGGAGGAGAGGCUGCCUCUCGGGGAUGGGUGGUGGGGGCCAGGAGCCCCGCCCUCAGACACAGAGGACCAGAGCAUCCGGCCUUUCAAGGUGGAGACUUCGGAUGACGAGAUCAACGAUUUGCACCAGCGGAUUGACAGGUUUCGCUGGACUGCACCUUUAGAGGACAGCCGUUUCCACUAUGGCUUCAACUCCAGCUACCUGAAGAAAGUCCUCUCCUACUGGCGGAAUGACUUUGACUGGAGGAAGCAGGUGGAGCUCCUCAACCAGUACCCUCACUUCAAGACCACCAUCGAAGGGCUGGACAUCCACUUCAUCCAUGUGAAGCCUGCCCAGGUGCCCUCGGGCCGGAGCCCGGAGCCCUUGAUGAUGGUGCAUGGCUGGCCCGGCUCCUUCUACGAGUUCUACAAGAUCAUCCCACUGCUCACAGACCCUGGGAGCCAUGGCCUCGGCGACCAGCAGGUCUUCGAAGUCAUCUGCCCUUCCAUCCCUGGCUACGGCUUCUCCCAGGCCUCCAGCAAGAAAGGCCUCGACUCCGUGGCCACCGCCAGGAUCUUCUACAAGCUGAUGCGGCGCUUGGGCUUCCAGAGCUUCUACAUUCAAGGGGGAGACUGGGGGUCCCUGAUCUGCACCAACAUGGCCCAGAUGGCGCCCAGCCACGUGAAGGGCCUGCACUUGAACAUGGCUUUGGUCUUGAGAAACUUCCAAACCCUGUCGCUGCUCCUGGGACGGCGCUUCGGGAGAUUCCUGGGCUUCACGGACAGGGACAUGGAGCUGCUGUUUCCGGUCAAGGAGAAGGUGUUCUACAGCAUCAUGAGGGAGAGCGGGUACCUGCACAUCCAGGCCACCAAGCCGGACACCGUGGGCUCUGCUCUGAAUGACUCCCCUGUAGGCCUGGCUGCUUACAUCCUGGAGAAGUUCUCCACCUGGACGGACUCGAGCUUCCGAGACCUGGAGGAUGGCGGCCUGGAGAGGAAGUUCACCCUGGACGAGCUGCUGACCAACAUCAUGCUGUACUGGACCACGGGCUCCAUCGUCUCCUCCCAGCGCUUCUACAAGGAGAACAUGGGCCAGGGCCUGAUGGCCCACAAGCAUGAGCGGAUGAAGGUCUUCGUGCCCACCGGCUUUGCUGCCUUCCCUUCUGAGCUGCUGCACCUCCCUGAGAAGUGGGUGAGGGCCAAGUACCCCAGACUCCUCUCCUACUCCUACAUGGCGGCCGGGGGCCACUUCGCCGCCUUCGAGGAGCCCAGGCUGCUUGCCCAGGACAUCCGCAAGUUCGUGGCAAUGGUGGGUCGGCAGUGACAGCCGGUCAGCUUCGGGGGCCCUGCCCGGCCCUGCCCUGCCCGGCCCGGCCCAGCCCAGCCCAGCCCUGCCCGCUCGCCCACAGCUGCUUAGAGAGGAGAAGCCUGAGGAAUGAGCUCCCGGCCCCUUCCCCGCCCAGCCUGUGCUCAGCUUUGGUAAUAAAUCAUCUCACUUCUA